AUGGCUUACGCACAAUGGGUUGCCAUCAAAAUCAUCAACAGCUUCCGCAAUGGAACCAUCACCUUGAAGCACGCCCAAGCCCUCUGGGGAAAGUUCUACCGCGACGGUAACAAGGACGCGGAAAUCAGUACCGACGAUGUCGAGAAGAUUACUAUCCCUGCUGGCUCUCAGGCGACUAUCUACGCAUGCGGCCGAUCUGACGCGUCUUCCGGCACCGAGGGAAAGAUCGACCUCUAUGAGGACAACCAGAAGAUCUGCACCAUCUACUGGGAUUGCCCCUGGGGAUCCAAGACCAACAACUUCCAGAUCCAAGACCGCAACUCUAAUGCGGGCUACAUGGUUAGCGUCGGCGAUUGGAGCCGCGACUCCGGCGCCAUUGGCAAUGUUGAUGUCGAGGUUGCCAAGAAGGGCUAG